UUUGGCUCUUUGGAUAAAGAAGGAAAGUCAGCUCGCGUCUGAUAAAGAACAUAUGAACCAUUAUAGGUCCAUUAUUUUGGAUUAUGAUCUUGAACCAUUUCUGUUUCUUCGUUCACUUUCUUAGCUGCCUGCUUGCGGAUUUGGAUCAAAUCAAGAAGAAGAUGGUGAAGGGGGAAGAAGAUUGCACUCUUGAUGGAACUGUCAAUCAACACGGCCGCCCUGCUGCCAGGAAAAGAACUGGAAAAUGGGUUGCUGGAAUUCUGAUUCUUGUGAACCAAGGGCUUGCCACACUGGCAUUUUUUGGGGUAGGGGUGAACUUGGUGCUAUUUCUGACCAGAGUAUUAGGCCAAGACAAUGCUGAUGCUGCAAACAAUGUGAGUAAAUGGACUGGCACAGCCUACAUCUUCUCCCUCCUUGGCGCCUUCCUAAGCGACUCCUACUGGGGACGAUACAAGACCUGUGCAAUUUUUCAGGCCAUCUUCGUCGCUGGUUUGGUAUUAAUGUCAUUGUCAUCGUAUGUUUUCCUAGGGAAGCCUGCAGGCUGUGGCGAUAAACACACUCUUUGUGGCUCCCACUCAACUUUCCAGAUCGCGUCUUUUUACGUGUCAAUUUACCUUAUUGCCCUUGGAAAUGGAGGGUACCAACCUAACAUUGCCACGUUUGGAGCAGAUCAGUUUGAUGAGGAGGACCCCAACGAAGGGCUCUCAAAGGUGGCCUUUUUCAGCUACUUCUACUUGGCCCUGAACCUUGGAUCCUUGUUCUCGAAUACCAUACUCGGGUACUUCGAGGAUCAAGGGAUGUGGGUUCUGGGUUUUUGGGCAUCCACGGGCUCGGCCAUUUUGGCAUUGCUCUUGUUUCUCAUCGGAACCCCUAGGUAUCGGCACUUCGCACCUAAAGGCAACCCUCUUUCCAGAUUCUGUCAAGUGGUGGUGGCUGCAACUAGAAAAUGGAAGGCUGAGCUACCACCAAAUGGAGGGGAAUAUUUAUAUGAAGUUGAUGGGGGAGACUACUUAAAUACUGGGGGUAGAAAGAUAUUUCACACCAGAGGAUUUCAGUUCUUGGAUAAAGCUGCCGUUAUUGAAUCAAAGGAGCACAGGGAAUGCCAUGAUCCCUGGCUGCUCUGCCCGGUCACUCAAGUGGAAGAAGUGAAAUGCGUGCUGAGACUUCUACCAAUUUGGUUGUGUACAAUACCUUACUCCGUAGUUUUCACCCAAAUGGCCUCUCUUUUCGUCGAACAAGGGGCAGCCAUGAAAACUUCCAUUUCCAACUUCCACAUUCCUCCAGCCAGCAUGUCUAGCUUCGACAUCCUCAGUGUUGCAGCUUUUGUUUUCAUUUACAGGCGAGUUCUCAACCACUUAUAUACAAGGGCCCUAGGAAAGUCGAGCCCUCGAGGCCUCACGGAGCUUCAAAGAAUGGGGACAGGCCUGGUCAUAGCCAUAUUGGCCAUGGUAGCUGCGGGCAUUGUGGAGCAUUUCAGGCUGCGGCGUGCCCAAAGCUCCUGCAUCAGCUGCGAAGGUUCUAGUUCCUUGAGCAUAUUCUGGCAAGUCCCCCAGUACGUACUAAUUGGAGCAUCCGAGGUUUUCAUGUAUGUUGGGCAGUUGGAGUUCUUCAACAGCCAGGCGCCUGAUGGCCUAAAGACCUUCGGGAGCGCGCUCUACAUGACAUCCAUCUCCAUGGGAAACUAUGUCAGCAGCUUGCUGGUGACAGUGGUCAUGGAGAUCUCCACUCGAGAUAAAAUGCCCGGUUGGAUCCCCGGAAACCUAAAUCGGGGUCACCUUGACAGGUUCUUCUUUCUCUUGGCAGCCUUGACAGCAGCCGAUCUUCUGGUUUACACCGCUUGUGCAAAGUGGUACAAGUACAUCAAGUUUGAAGCCAAUAAGGAUUGCACAAUUAUUAAUAAUGGCAGCCUGCUCCAGCCUAGUGUCUCGCCAGUCUAGCCAUCUGCUUGAUUUUGCAUGGCCCGGUUGCUUUUUUGCAAUGACACCAGAGAAAUGCAGUGUUCAUCUCUCUAUGUUGAGCACGAUGCUGAUGUAAAAAAUGUAAGAAAUUUACAAAAAUACAAUACCGAGAUCCAAUCAUUAUUUGUAUGCAAAGAACCACUACAAUUGAAUGGAAGUUGUCCACUG